AGUACGCUCUAACAUUUCGAUCGAGACACACGCGAGCGCACAUCACAAGACGAAUUCAAAACAUUCAAUAAUAUGCUUUAAGAGUGCCCAAAAUGAAGUCGUUCUUAUUUUAUGGAAUUUUAGUGGCCUUAGGAAGUGUGAUUGCAGUGAAAGCUGCCGGGGAGCACGAUUAUGACGAUUAUGACGUAAAUUAUGAUUAUGACUUUCUAAAAGAGGAGCAGAAGAGCCUUCAAGCUGAAAUGGACAAACUCUCGGAAAUGAUUUUAGUAGACGAAGGUAAAGACAAAGAUUUGGCAGCAGAGCUAGAUAAUUAUCUGUACGAAGACAAUAGAGACCCUGAUCAAGAAAAUAAAGAAGAAAUUGACAGCGAUGAUGGUUUUGAAGAUAACAUUGAAACCAUUGAUUCUGCUGAAGAUGCCAAAAAUAGUCAACAAGAUAACGCAAGAAAAACAGAAGAUAAAGAUUCUGAUGAAACUGUUUUCGAUGUCUUAGAACCUGACAGCAAAGAAGAGCCUAAAUUACCACCACCAAUUGUAGAGGACGAAAAGAAAAUAUUCCUCGAAGCUCAAGAAAUACUAAAUGAAGACGAGAAAGAAGUCAAUGAUUUCGAAGAAGAAAAACCGGACGUGAAUUUAGAAGUUAAAUCUCAAGAAAAUAUACAGGAUACUAUUGAUGAAACCAAACGAAUUUUAACCGAAGACGGCAGUUUUGAGGAUGCUGAUCCUAAAUCUGAAGAUGAUGAAACAAUUAAUGAAGAAAACCUCCGUGAUUGGGAUAAACUGGACGACCACUUGAAGUUAUUGAUGGACACUAUGGACAAACUGACCGAAAACGAUACAAAAGAAGACGAUUAUGAAGAUUACGAACAAAUAGACGACAGUAAUUUAUCUGAUAUUUUUGCUGACCACAUGGAAGACAUCGUUGAUAGUGGCGAGCGUUUCGACAGUGAGCCCAAUGCGGACGAUGACCUGAAUCCAGCAUCAGAGAAAUCAAAACCUAUAAUGUACCAGAACGAUGCUCUGGAAGCCGGCGAAAAAGCUGAUAGCUCAGAAGUAGAAGUAUUCUCUGGAUCUACUAAAUCGCUACCUACUACUAAAUCAGAGGAAAUCGUGCAAGUCUCACCAGUCACGUCUAGCACACAGAGAGCAACAACAGAAGAAAUCGAAAGACAGACGAAGAUGGUCGACGCCUUAUCCAGCUCUGAGUUCGACCAAAUAAUGAAACAAUUUUCAAUUCUGCACAGCGAAGAUUUAGACGUUAAGUCUUCUGGUUUCGCUAGGGACGUUGCACCUAUUCACAUUAAGCUGAGCAUUGACGAGCCCGUAGUGAUCACGUCACCGAACUAUCCUCGUCCGUAUCCAACGAACAAUAUAAUUGAUUGGAUAUUAGAAGGUACUGAUGGGAUGGGAAUCGAAUUUAAUGUCACUGAUUUCGCUGUGAACGGUGCCUUAGGGGACUACGUGCUGGUGAAGCCCGGUGGUGUAGAUGCCUCCGGAACUGAUGGUCUGAUCUUCUCCUAUCGUCUGACCUCAGAACGCCGGUACCGAUUCUCGGACGUGAACAAAAUGUUCAUUAGAUUUGAAGCCAGAGUGGGGAUGAUGUUCUUAAGAGGAUUUAGCUUCAGUGUCAAAUUAAUGACGCCCUUACGACGUGCUGGCGACCAAGAAGAUCCUGAAUCUGAAGCAGUCCUAGCUCCUCCUGCCGCAACCCUGAAGGUCUUCCUGGCCGUGUCUCCUGCGCAGUUCCUGAAAAUAAAAGACGACUUCAGGGAGUUGGUCGCUGACAUGUCAACGUCUUACAUCAAGGACAAUAACAUCGAUCCUGGAUUAAAUAGCACGUUUGAGACAACGCAGUUGACUGGACAGUCUGUCUGUAAUAUCCACUGGCCCGGCUUCGACUCUUGUGUCGAAGUAACCUUCGGGGUGCCUUUACAGUACAAAGACUCUGAAGAAUAUAGACUCAACGCGGAGGACCUGAUCGCCAUGUGGUCGGAGUACACGCUGAAGCAACCCUACGCUUCAAGACUCAAAGAAAUGGGCAUUACUGAAUUCUCCAUCCCCGAUGAUGAUUCAAUUCUAAUGCUGUGGCUGGUCAUCGCGGCCGGUGUGGUGAUCGCAGUGGCAUUGUUAGCAUUUGUACUGUGGAGGUUCAGCUGCUUUGAAGACUACACCAGGAUGAAGACGUACAGCGAUACAGACAGUCUGAAGAGCGGCAAACGCGACCUCGACCUGUACCCGACUCCGCAUCAGACCCUGCCUCCGCUCUACACGGAAAACGACUAUAAGUGGCCCGACGUCAAAUACGACAACACAGCCACCGUGAACAUGGGAGGGUUUGCGAACAGGAACUACUUGCAGGAUGACAUCUACGACUUCGACUCCGACGAGGAGGUCACCAACAAACGUGACAGAUUCACGACCGACGUGUAAGCGCUGACUUAAGACGAAUCGUAACAAUAUGAUACUGUGUGGUGGGAUCAAAGGAUGGCUACAGUAAUGUCUAGAAGUAUAUUAUAACCAAAUAAAACUAUUAA